GCAACUGAACAAUACCAACUUGUAUUAAAAGUCCUAUUAACAGACCUAACCAAACGAGGUAGGUGUAUAAAUAUACAAAAAAUCUUAAUAGUCUGUUGUCUUCAUUAUCAACAAUCUACAAAACCAGUCGGAAAUAAAGCAGUUAGUUGUUGCUAGCCAAUAACUGCAUAACUUGCGUAACUAAUUGUUCACCAAAUUUACUAGCGCAGGAACCAGUUAAUAUUUAUCAGUUAAGCGUUUUUAUUAACCUUAUCACAUUCCAAAUGGUUUAUUUAAUCAACUUAUCUAAAUUGAAACGGAAAACAUUUAUUUUUAGAUACAACGGUAACUGAAAAUCUUGUAGGGAGUAUCUACUAUGGUUAGGUAGUCAGUAGAGUGAAAUUCAUAAGGUAUCAAUCUGAUGUGGGUCUUUACGCAAUCUUGGUUCAAAACCUCUGAAGUACUCCUGUACAAGCUACUCUCCUUUACGUUCCAAUAAAAUCAAACGUCAUUACUUGAACAAAGACGUCGUGUUGGCAUCGUGCCGAACUCCAUCUGAUUAAUACCUUGUUUUGCUCCUAUGGUGAGAUCAUAUGUUCUUUUCCUUUUAUAGAACCUCGUUUUAACAAAUAUGAUUAUAGAUUAUUGGUGAACAAUGACGGAGCAGAGAGCGCUGAAGUUCGACGCCAACACAGAGGCCUUUCAGAUGAGAGCGCAGUGGAAGAAGCAAGACAUAUGUAAGCAGCAAUGGGCCGAGAGAUGGUCCUGGCUCCUGGACGAAUGGAAGGAUGUUGCGGCCCAAUCAGAAGCUAUUCGUCAAGAGGCUUCUGCUGUGACUCGUUCUCAGGUAACUGUCAAGUCGGAUGAAGUCAAAUCCUUAAAACCAGUACCUGUUACGUCUACUGGAUUUAUUGGAUGGCUCGCGAAAAGGCCUGAUUGCGCUCUUGAAAUUUACUCCUCGUGGAUUUGCAAACCUCCGGUAAGGCUGCCUGAUGCCUGGGACAACCCCAACUAUAGCGGUCCAAAAAAAUAGAAGUAACUUUUAAUUGAAAACAGCAAUCUUUUUUUAGAUUAUUUACCUGCCUUUUUGUGUAAUGCAUCUUCGUUCAGACAUUCGAAUUUUACAAUUGUGCAAACGAAGGCGUUCGUGGCUUACUGUGAAUGUGUAAACCGUUUUGUAACAAUUCACACUACGUGGUAAUUGACUUCGGCGGUUAAUUGGAGCAAUAAAAAAUCUCAACUUCAAUAUUAUUAGCAUAUUCGCGAUUUAAUGUUUACAUUUGUUUUAUAACACACGAAUAAAUAAAGUUGAUAUAAAGUACUUUUGUGCAUUUAUAUUCUGUUUCUGGCUAAGUAGGUAGCGCUGUAUACAGUAUACCUAACUGUAACUCUCCAGAAUGGCCGAAAAUAAAUUUCCUUGGAAAGAGCAUUGAUCUGGUGGAUUUAAUGUUAUAAUAGGUUUAUUUAUCAUUCAGAACACAUAACAUUCUUGUAAGUACUUGCGUGUUGCAUACAAUGUUUUGAUUACAACUCACACAUUUUUGGCUUAACUUCAUUUGGCUAAAUUUUAUAAAUAUCUAUCAAUUGAAUGUUAGUUGAAUGUAAUAAGAUCAAAAGAGCUAUUUCGUUUUGAUUACACAUCAGAAAAUCAUCUUCCCAUGACUGUCCAGCAAUUUAACUCGCGCGCUCUAAUUUUACGCAACGAUUUUAGAUUACCGUUGCUUUUACAUUGUUAUCCAUUAUAUUCGGUGUUCAAUUCAUAACUAAAUGGAUACCUAUAUAGAUUCAUGUUCCGACAUAAAAUAUGAACCCAAAUCAAAUAACCAGAUUCAUUUCGAUAGGAGCACUUUCCCAAAUGGAAAGAUACAGAAGAGUCUUUUGGAUUCAGUUCAAUACCGCUUUGACUGAUAUCCAUGUGAAAAGACUCGAGUUUGUAGUGGCCGAGGUCUGCUUCCGCAAAAAAAUCUAGGACUCUCAUCUGUUCAUCUAACCAUGCGUAAGUGGUAAUACCUAGUUACUCAUGUUUUUUUCUUUAAUAUUAUAUGUUAGCUGCUUAUCUACAUAAUUUAGAAACAGUCAAAA